AUGAAAGCCGCCACCGAACUGCCUCUCCGCAUCUUGACGCACAAUAUCCGAUAUGCCACCGGCUCUCCCUUCAGGGGCGAGCGCCCCUGGGAGGAGCGCAGGCAACCGCUGCUGAACGAGCUGCUGUUCAACACGCGCCACCAGGAUGCCUUCAUCUGCCUGCAGGAGGUGCUGCACCGGCAGAUCGUCGACAUCCACACCGGACUCAACGCCACUGCAUCUAACACUGCCACCGAGGCCGACCCCACCUGGGCCUAUAUAGGGGUGGGUCGCGACGACGGCAAGCAGGCGGGCGAGUACUCGCCCAUCUUCUACCGACCGGCGGUCUGGCAGCUGGAGCACUGGGAGACGACGUGGCUGUCCGAGACGCCCGACCAGCCGUCCAAGAGCUGGGACGCGGCGUCCAUCCGCAUCGUCACCGUCGGGGUGUUCAAGCACCGCAGCAGCCGACGCACCGUGCUGGCGCUGAAUACGCACCUGGACGACCAGGGCGCGCGGUCGCGAUACGAAGCGGCGCACAUCAUCCUGGGCAAGAUCGCGGAGUAUCGCGCGGGUCCGUACGGGGAGAGCAUCGCGGGGGUCUUCCUGACGGGCGACUUCAACAGCGAGGAGGAGCAGGAGGCGUAUCAAGUGCUGACGGGACCGGAGUCGGGACUGGCGGACGCCGGGAAGUUGGUGGACGCGGCGGAACACUACGGCAACACGAUAACGUGGACGGGCUUUGGCUACGAGGGACAGCCGCCGACGCGCAUCGACUACAUCUUGUUGCAGACCGACUCGGCAUCGUCCGAGUCAGACCGGAGAGGGCCAUGGCAGGUCGAGGGGUACGCGGUGUUGGCCAACCGGUUCGACGACGGGAUUUACAACUCGGACCAUCGGGCGGUGGUGACUGACGUGCGGUUGUCUGGCUAG